GGGAGUAUGAUUUUUGCUGAAGCCGGCAAUUGAGUGCGAGUGACCAGUUCUGCCUAUCCAGACCAUCCGUCCUGCAUCGGACGGCGGACGGCCACACUGCCGCGGUCCCGCUUCCUGCGUGUUUAUCCACGCCUCGCGCCGCGCUCGCUUCGGCCACGGCGGCAAUGGCGGUGGCGGCGGCCCGACGCCUCUUCUCCUUCCACCUCCACGCGCGCCCUCUCGCCGCCGGUGUUGCCGUCGCGACACCACACCGCCGCGGAAAGCAUGAUGCGGUCUCGUGCAAGGCCACGGGGAAAACCAAGCCCAAGCCCAAGCCCAAGUCCAAGGCGAAGGCGGUCAAGGGCGGCGAGCGGCAGCAGAGGCGGGCGCUGGAGGAGCACCUCAAACGGCGCACCCGUUCCGCGGCUUCCUUCGACGCCGACCUGUACGGUCGGCGCGCCCACGAGCACCACGUCCCCGUCUUGCUUGGCGAGGUCCUCGCCGCCUUCCGCCGGCCCCGCCCACUCCGUUCCUUCGUCGACUGCACCCUCGGCGCCGCGGGACACUCCCUCGCCAUGAUGGAGGCGCACCCGGAGUUGGAGCUGUACAUUGGCAUGGACGUCGACCCAUCUGCCCUGGAGAUUGGCCGUGGGCACAUUGAGACCUUCCUUGCUGGUAGGGAAAGGGAAGCGAAUGGAAGGGAAGAGGAUGUCUUGCAGGAGACUCUGCGUGCCUACACUCAUGUCAAGAACUUCAAGUACAUCAAGCAAGUUCUCGGUAGUGUGGAUGAGAGUCUGGCGGUUGGCUCUUCUGGAGUUGAUGGUAUCCUCAUUGACCUUGGCAUGUCAUCCAUGCAGGUGAAUAGAUCAAAUAGGGGAUUCAGUGUACUCCAGGAUGGCCCUCUUGAUAUGCGCAUGGACCCUAAGGCAACUUUAAGAGCAGAGGACAUUUUGAAUUCUUGGCCGGAGAUUGAACUUGGGCGUAUCCUGCGUGAAUAUGGGGAGGAAAGCAACUGGCAAUCAGUUCAGAAGCAAAUUGUUAAAGCCCGAGCUACGGGCGGUUUGCACUCUACUGGGGAUCUUGUCAAACUAAUCCAAAGGAUGUGUAGCAUCUCAAGCGGGCGGCAAGGCUGGAUUAAGACUGCAACAAGAGUGUUUCAGGCCCUCAGGAUUGCAGUUAAUGAUGAACUCCGGGUUCUAGAAGAUUCACUCCAUUCAUGCUUUGACUGCCUAGCGACAGGUGGCCGUCUUGCUGUAAUCUCAUUCCACAGUCUGGAGGACAGAAUUGUGAAGAAGACUUUCUUGGAGCUCAUCCAUGGGGGUGAAGCAGAUGAUGAAGAAGACGACAAAGAUGACCUGGCGCUCACUGACAUCGUAAAUGAAGAUGAACCAUGGUUUGGCCAGAGAGUGCAAGGAAGGAAUGGAACUGUCCUCACAAAAAGACCAAUAACCCCCUCGCAAGAGGAGGAAAAACUAAAUCAGAGGUGCAGAAGCGCAAAGCUUAGAGUUAUUCAGAAGAACUGAAUAAUUUGGGAUAAAUUUUGAAGGAUUCCUGAGCACAUUGGUGUGUAAUUUUUUAUAGCCAGAGAAAUGUGAAUGGAUUCUCACUUGUGUGCACAGCCAGCUGCAGUCUGGAUCAACAGAAAAAUUGCCUCAGUCGGAUGUGGUGCUAUUUAUCCUCGACAAGAAAUCUAGAGGCUUAGGUUAGUCAAAAAUCUCACUGUAUCUGCAUCAGUUUCUGAACUCCAUUCACGUAUAUCGGCUCAUGUACUCUGUAAA